AUGUCCACCGAGAGUGCUCGCGUCCGGGCAGCCGCCGCCGCCGCAGCAGCAGCAGCUGUAGCAUCCACGGCAGCAGCAGCGGCGCAGGCCGCAGUUGCCGCCGCGGCCGCCCUGCGCCAGGAGCUGGAGCAGGAGGAUGCGGUCUCCGCGGGAUCACGAUCGCGCACCCCCGAGCGCCGCCGCCAGUCGCCGUCUCCUGAGCGGCGCCGUGGUCGUCGCGGGCGUUCACCGGUGCCGCAGAUGGUCUACCGCGACUCCGGGGCCGGGACGCCGUGGCCGAUGCUCACCAAGAGCAACUACCACGAGUGGAGUCUUCUGAUGAAGGUAAAGCUCCAAGCUCGACAUCUUUGGGAUGCAGUUCACCUUGGUGGCGUCACGUAUGAGGAGGAUCGCCAGGCCUUGGAGGCUCUGUGCGCCGCAGUCCCACUCGACAUCGCGGCCUCCAUCGCCAACAAGAGGACGGCGAAGCUGGCGUGGGACGCCAUCGCGCUGCGCAGAGUCGGCGGUGACCGGGUACGCCGCGCGACGCUGCAGCGCCUUCGCGGGGAGUGGGAAGGCCUCGCCUUUCAGCCCGGCGAACAUGUCGAGGACUUCGCCGUGCGCCUCAGCAGUCUGAUGGAGCAGAUGAAGCUGAACGGCGACACCGACCUCACCGAAGAGCGCGCCGUCGAGAAGCUCCUUCGGUGCAUGCCGAAGAGGUACAGGCAGAUCGUGAACUCGAUCGAGACCCUGCUCGAUUUCGACGCGCUCACCAUCGAGGACGUCACCGGCCGGCUCAAGUCGGUCCAGGACCGAGAGCUGGCGGAUGACCUCGAAUCCGCCAACACCGGCGGCAAGCUUCUGUACACCGCCGAACAGUGGCGGGCCCUCGACAAGAAGAAGAAGGAUGAAGCAGCCGGGCCGUCCAAGGACAAGCGACGGCGAUCUCGCGGUGGCAAGAAGAACAAGCCGCGCGGUGAUCGUGACGGAGGAGCUGGUGGCGGAGGGGCGCAGGCGGACAAGGCAGGAGGUGCGGACGGCGAGCGCAAGGCGAAUCGCGACGACCUCUGCCUCAACUGCCAUCAAGGAGGCCACUGGGCCCGAGACUGUCCUCAUCCCCGACGUAAUCGGGAGCGCGGUGGCGCCGCCAACGUCGCCCAAGUGGAUGAGGACGCUGCUGCCUUCCUCGCGCAUGGCUUCCUGGAGCUUGACGCAGAAGGGAGCUGCAGCAAGGCUCAAGCUUCAAUCUUCUGCGCCAAGAGUGGCUGCUUCGAGCUUGAGGAACCCCGUGCGCGCGCAUACCUCGACACCGGCAAUGGAGAGAAGAUGGACGGAUGGUACCUGGACAGCGGUGCAACCCACCACAUGACCGGCCGACGCGAGCUCUUCACCGACCUGGACACAUCUGCCAGAGGAUCGGUGAGGUUCGGCGACGAGUCGAAGGUGGAGAUCCAUGGCGUCGGGUCCAUCAUCUUCGAAGCGAAGAACGGGGAGCACCGGGUGCUCCACGACGUCUACUUCAUCCCGGCGCUCAGGAACUCGAUCAUGAGCAUCGGCCAACUGGACGAGGGGGGAUCAAAGGUGGAGAUCGAGCACGGCGUCCUGAGGAUUUGGGAUCGACACCGGCGGCUACUCGUCAAGGUGCGCCGCGGUGCCAACCGCCUCUACGUCCUGCAUCUGAACCAGGCCAAGCCGCUCUGCCUCGCCGCACGCAAGGAUGAUGCGGCAUGGCGCUGGCAUGAGCGCUACGGUCAUCUCCACUUCGACGCUCUCCGGCAGCUGUCCAAGAACGACAUGGUGCGCGGAUUGCCUGCGAUCACCCACGUCGGGCAGUUCUGCGACACGUGCGUCCUCGCCAAGCACCGUCGAGCCCCGUUCCCGACGGAGGUUGAGUACCGCGCGUAG